UUAGCUAUAAAAAGGAAUCAGAAGAUUUAAAGUGUAUCAGAAACAAUGAAGCAGCCUUGUGCAACAUGUACCGUCUUAGUGGCUAUAGUAAUUAUGGCGGUUUCACAAGUACAUACCGAGGUCUCCCAGAAAUUGAUGAAUUUUCCUGCGGAUAAUGAACAAGUAGAAACUAUGAUUGAAGCUACUCAAGAACACCCAUGGGCGAUUUUCACUUUUGGAGGAAAGAAGAGAAGUGUGAGUUUUAUACCUCGCCUUGGCAGAGAAUUAGGUGACGAGAACAUGGAAAAAUGGUUUAGAGAUGGUGAAAUGAAAACAGAGCGAUCAUCGCCAUUUGUUCCUCGUCUAGGCAGAGAAAGUUUAAUUCAAAAACCUUACUUUGUUCCUCGUUUAGGCAAAAGAGAAGAGUAACAGAAAUUCAAAAUUUUAAAAAUGUGCUGUUUUACUGUAGAGUUAUAAAAUUAAUGAUAAGGUACAUACAGCUGUAGAUAUUUUUUAGUUUCCAGUAUGUAUUAUGAUACCACAUGUUUCAGAAUCAAUUUGAAAUCUAUGUUUAAAUAUUUUCCACGUGUCCAAACCGAGUUUAUUCUGUAUUUUUAGCGCAUUUUUUAAGAAUUAAA